UUUCAACUAGUAAAGCAAGAUGAAUAUAUUGAGAAAAAAGAUAAAUAUGACUCAGAUAUUUAUAAUAAUAUAGAUGAUGACAAUUUAAUACAAGUUGACGAAAUAGAUAAUAAUUUAGAUCAAGAAUUUCAAGCUAUUAAUAUUGAAGAAAGAUUCAGUAAUACCAAAAGAAUUAAAAAAUGA